AUGACUGAUGUGCCCGAUGAUAUACAAUACUUCAGAUUUAUCAGCAAACCGCGUUACACCUUUCUAAAGCACCUAGUCAAUGCGAGAGGCGUUGGCGUGGUGCCGCGUCAUACCUGGGCUGCUCUAGUGGGCUGCGACGAUAAAUUUCACAAGGUUUUACUCGACACACUCGACAAAAACGGUGAUGAAGCGUUCCAGAGUUUGAAUGCUGUUGUCCGAGCCAUGUUGAAGGGGUGGCUUAACACCGAAGAGCUAUCUAUGUCAAGCAUACAUGAUGGUUUGGACGAUGAGAAAAACACUACCUCAGAAUCAAACGACGACGAUGAUGGUGUCUGCAUCUCCACUAUUCUGGACCAGGCCAGAAGAAGGGACGCUAGCAAGUGUGCUAUUUCGUCUUAUUCACCCUCCAUGCUUUGUGAGAUCUGUCCAGACCACCUACUCCGUUCUCCUGCCACUGGUCGGUCCGGCUCCUUCUGGAAAUAUCUUGAGAUCUUUUGGGAGCAUCGGAGGGUCAAGGCAUGGAAGCGGCCAAUUUUUGCCGAUCCUGAGAGUCCCGAGGUGGCGGACACUAUGAGAAACUACAUCACAUUGAGUCCUGUGCUGAGGAAAUAUUGGGAAUGGGGAUACUUCGCGCUUCGACCUAAUCCGAAUAAUAUCGUGAAUAAACAUGAACUCAAGGUUCAGUUUGUUUGGCUACCUCAGCAGAAUCAUUCCUGGGAAGAGUUGGUCAGCACUGACUUGUUGCCACCUGUCGCGGAAAGGAAAGCUGUAGCUGAACUGGUUGGAUUCCAAUCGGAGCAGUUCAAGGAUCUGAAAUCCGGGGACUGGAUCACUCUGACAACUCCUGAUCCGGAGCGUUUACCACUGCCGAGCUGGGGGCUCCUGGAAUUGCGGGGCGCGUUGACUGCUCUUGUUCGAAUGGCGGGUAAUCUCGAGUCAGCGAAGGAAUGCGAUAAGGUUUGA